ACAAGAAUUGCAACGAUCACCCAGAUCGUACCAAUCUGCCGAAGCCCGUCCCACAUUAAUCAAUGCUGCGAGCAUCCCUCACACGUAGUAGCUCCAACUCCGCGUUGCUAAGAAGAACCAUGUCUACCAUUCAAGCUAAACCAUUCAAGCUCGCGCUCGUGCAACUUGGCGGGUUGAGCGAAGACAAGACGAAGAACCUCGAGAUCGCUGCGGCUGGUGUCAAGGAGGCGGUUUCAAAAGGCAGAGCCGACCUGGUCGUCCUGCCAGAAAUCUUCAAUUCUCCUUAUGCGGUCACAGCAUUUCGCAAAUAUUCUGAGUCUAUACCGAAUGGUCUGCCGGUUCGGGCUGGCUCCCUGAAAUCAGAGAGUACCAAGGCUCUCAGUCAGAUGGCGAAAGAAAACAAGAUCUGGCUGAUAGGUGGCUCCGUUCCGGAGAUUGAGAGCGACACUGAUCACAUCUACAACACUUGCACGGUAUACAACCCUGAUGGUGAUCUCGUGGUGAAGCAUCGCAAGGUCCACCUGUUCGACAUCGAUAUUCCCGGAAAACAGACUUUCAAGGAAAGCGAAACUCUGACGGGCGGAGACACCUUGAACACUUUCGAGACUCCGUUCGGGAAGAUCGGUCUUGGGAUCUGCUAUGAUAUCCGUUUCCCUGAAAUGGCAAUGAUCGCCGCUCGUCAGGGUGUCGUGGCCAUGAUCUACCCAUCAGCUUUCAACACUACAACCGGACCCAUUUACUGGACUCUUCUUCAACGAGCAAGAGCCGUCGACAAUCAGAUCUUUGUAGCCAUGUGCUCACCUGCAAGGCAUCCCGGCGCAUCUUACCAGGCUUACGGGCACUCCUCCGUCGUCGCGCCCAACGGAGACGUUUUGGCUGAAGCUGACGAGCAUCCCACAAUCGUCUAUGCUGACAUCGAUACUCAGCUGUUGGCUAGCACUCGUUCCGGACUUCCUGUCACUGUCCAGCGACGUUUCGACGUAUACCCCAAUGUCGCUGAUGGCAACUGAUCAAUGUAAUCUAAAUCUGACUUUACGAUACUACCAUCAUUUCGGUGGGAUAGGAGGAAUGGGAAACUCACACACGCAACCAAGAGGUGUUUGUAGUGGAUUUCUAUCGGAUAUGUCAUCCUCGUACAACCUCAUGACCCCGUGCAGAUACUCACCUUGACCGCGAUACAUGAAGUGUCAAGGUAGAACUACAUUCUCGAAUCAAGAUCAUAUGCCGUUACGGUAUUCCGCAAUCGUAAAAGAAUCAAGUAGAGUGACUGGCGCACCUCCAAAAACCAGAGUCGAGUUCUGCCGGAAUCUCGCUCAAAUUGUCAUUUCUCCCGUCGGCAAUCCGGCAGUAUAGGCAGCGGAUUCGAACGCCAACAAUCGCCAGAUGUCGUUGACAACCUGGCUAGCAUCCUCUUCCAGGACCUGUAGUGAUUACCAUGACUUCAGCACUUGUCAAGGCAUCCAUAAGCCAACGCAGAGCUCACCGGCUCAAGGGUCUCCAGUAG